AGGUAAUUCAGCAGUCAUUUGUCCUUCUGGAGGAGAACAAACAGUGUCCGGCAGCAGGAAUCUAGCUAGGGCAGAGAGAGAGGACAGAGGACAUAAGAGGCUGGAGAUUGUUAAAGUCAGCACCCAAGUUGGUGCCUGAUUCUUGGCAAAAUCAUCCCUCUGAGUCUAGAGGGAGACCAUUAAAUCAUGAAACUAAUUGCCAUCCUUCUCCUGUGCUCCAGGCUGCUCCCAAGCUUAACCCAGGAAGCAGACUUCCAGGAAAUUGAUUGCAAUGACAAGGAUGUAUUUGAGGCUGUGGAUGCUGCUCUGAAGAAGUACAACAGCAAGAAUCAAAGUGGCAACCAGUUUGUACUGGUCCGCACAACCGAGGUCACCAAGACGGUUAAUGAAGACGUAUUUUAUUCCAUCAAGUAUGAAGUCAAGGAGGGUGACUGUCCUGUUCAAAGUGACAAAACUUGGCAGGAGUGUGACUACAAGGAUGCCGAGGAAGCUGCCACUGGAGAAUGCACAGCAACCGUGGGGAAGAGAAGAAAUAACAGAUUCGUUGUGGCCACCCAGACCUGCCACCUUACCCCAGCGGAAGGCCCUGUGGUGACCACCGAGUAUGCCUGCCUGGGCUGUGUGCACCCCAUUUCCACCGAGAGCCCCGAGCUGAAGCCCAUUCUGACACACGCCGUCCAACAUUUCAACAACAACACGGAGCACACCUACCUCUUCACGCUCGGAGAAGUGAAAAGAGCCCAAAGACAGGUGGUGAAAGGAUGGAACUACGAAGUUACCUACUCAAUUGUACAAACUAAUUGUUCCAAGGAGAAAUUUCCACUCCUAAGUCCAGAGUGCAAGUCCCUUCCGAACGGUGAUGCUGGCGAAUGUGUAGAUAAUGCGUUCGUGGACCCUCAACAAAGACUCGGUUCGUUCUCACAAAGCUGUGAACUUUACCCAGCGCUGGAUUUUGUACAGCCACCCGUCCAAAUUUGCCCCGGCUGCCCCACACACAUACCCGUGGACAGCCCAGAGCUGCAGGACAUGCUAACUCAUUCCAUUAAGAAGCUGAAUGCAGGGAACAAUGAAACUUUCUAUUUCAAGAUUGAAGCUGUGAAAAGAGCUACAGUACAGAUCGUGGCUGGGAAGAAAUUUUCUAUUGAGUUCACAGCCAGCGAAACCACAUGUUCCAAAGAAAGCAAUGAAGAAUUAACUGAAAGCUGUGGGACCAAAAGCCCUGGUAAACGUCUGACCUGCAAUGCGGAGGUUUAUGUGAUACCUUGGGAGAAAAAAAUCUACCCUACUGUCAACUGUGAAAAACUAGGAAAGAUGACACUGAUGAGAAGGCCUCCAGGCUUUUCACCUUUCCGAACAGCACAAAAACAGACAGCAGAAGAAACAAUCGUAAGUCCACCCUACACUUCCACGGCACCUGUGCAAGAUGAACAGCAGGAUCCAGAAAAAGAACAAGAACCUACUCCUGGGCAUGGCUGGGGCCACAAAAGGCAAACAAAACAUGGCCUUGGCCAUGGCCAUAGAUAUAAGCAUGGCCUUGGCCAUGGACACCAAAAACAACAUGGCCUUGGCCAUGGUCACCACCAGGAACAUGGUCUUGGUCAUGGAUAUCAGCCUGAACUUGACUAUGAUCAUAAACAUCAAAGAGGACAUGGCCUUGAUCAUGAACAUAAAAAUAAGCCUAAGCAUGGUCAUGGCCAUGGAAAACAUAAAAAUAAAGACAAAAGCCAAGGAAAGCACAAUGGCGGCAGAACAGAGCACUUGGCAAGCUCUUCUGAAGAUAGUACUACAUCUUCCACCCAGACAGAGGCGAAGACCAGAGGGCCAACACCCACUCCUUUCCUAGCCCAGCCAGGCGUAGCAGUUACCGUUUCUGGAUUGCAGGACUCAGAUCUCCUUGAAGCCAUAAUGCCUACCACGCCGCCAGCUCCCACAGAGAAUGAUGAUGAUUGGAUCCCAGAUAUCGUGAUAGAACCAGACAGCCUUUCCUUUAAACUGAUACCUGAUUUUCCAGAAAUAACCUCCCCCAAAUGUCCCGGACGGCCCUGGAAGCCAGCUGAUAGAAAGCCUCAAAUCACGCAUAAGAUUGAAUUUCAUGAUUUUGAUCUCUUUGAUGCUCUUGAUUAACUUACACAGCCAUGAUAUUUCUUUAACACUUUAUCAUCCCUUUUUCCAUUGUGCAAACAUAAAUAUUCUGAUCUGAGGCACCAAACUCCAUGAAGCUUCAGAACAGCCUAGACAGAAGUGGUGAGAUUCCCAGUAGGGAUACCAGCAAUCUCUGUGUUUGAGGUUUUGGGUUUUUUUUUUCUUUUUUUUUUUUUUGGUCUUUUGGAGACAGGGUUUCACUAUGCA